CUUUAUGAACAAUCAAUAAACUGGUGAGGUUAUCGCGAAAGAAACGGACUUCAAUCGAGAAAGCAACAAAAGAGUACCGAAAGCAGAAAACAGAAAGACGAAGAUAUCCGCUAGUUGUUAGAUGUCGCAGAGACCCAGGCGCAGGUGCGAGGGCACGGCCAUGGGUGCCAUCGUUCUCGAUCUACGUCCUAGCCUCGGCAUCGGUCCUUUCUCUCUCGGAAUGCCGAUAUGCGAAGCGUUUGCACAAAUAGAGCAGCAGCCUAACAUCUACGAUGUUGUCCAUGUGAAGUACUUUGACGAGGAGCCUUUAAAAUUGGACAUCGUUAUAAGUUUCCCAGAUCAUGGUUUUCAUCUUCGAUUUGAUCCGUGGUCACAGAGGCUGCGGCUUGUAGAAAUUUUUGAUGUGAAACGACUUCAAAUGCGCUAUGCUACUUCUCUGAUUGGAGGACCAUCUACUCUAGCUACUUUUGUAGCUGUCUAUGCACUUUUUGGGCCAACAUUUCCUGGUAUUUAUGACAAGGAUAGAGGUGUUUACACUCUGUUUUACCCAGGUUUGUCCUUUGCUUUCCCAAUCCCCUCUCAAUAUACAGAGUGCUGUCACGAUGGAGAAGCCGAAUUACCCUUGGAGUUUCCAGAUGGUACAACUCCAGUUACAUGCCGUGUCUCUGUAUAUGAUAGCUCUACCGACAGCAAAGUUGGUGUAGGGUCCUUGAUGGACAAGGCUUCUGCUCCUCCUUUGCCUGCAGGCAGCCUCUACAUGGAAGAAGUGCAUGUUAAGCUAGGGGAAGAAUUACGGUUUACUGUUGGUGGCCAGCAUAUCCCUUUUGGUGCAUCACCACAGGAUGUGUGGACUGAAUUAGGUCGCCCUUGUGGAAUUCAUCAAAAACAGGUAGAUCAAAUGGUCAUUCAUUCAGCUUCAGAUCCUCGGCCGCGGACAACCCUAUGUGGUGAUUAUUUCUACAAUUAUUUCACCCGUGGCUUGGACAUAUUAUUUGAUGGGCAGACACACAAAAUCAAGAAGUUUGUUUUGCAUACCAACUAUCCUGGGCAUGCAGAUUUUAACUCAUACAUGAAGUGCAAUUUUGUUAUUCACAGUUCUGAUUUUGGUGGUUCUUUUCAUCAGGAUGUAAAUACCUCUAAACGCACCAUUACACCCAGCACAAAGUGGGAGCAAGUGAAGGAGAUUCUUGGGGACUGUGGUCGAGCUGCUAUCCAAACACAAGGCUCUACGAGCAAUCCUUUCGGAUCUACUUUUGUAUAUGGUUAUCAAAAUGUUGCCUUUGAGGUGAAUCAACGACAAAAAAUUGACGCAUUAUCCAUUCCUCAACUCACUAAGAUGCAGUUGAUCGUUUCCUGCGAAAUUUGUUUUUUGCAUUUUGGGCAUUCUUCUCUUUUCUGUUUGGUUUUGAAGCUAUGGUAUCCAUAAGGAGUGCUUACAAGGAUUUUUCUGAUAUUAGCAGGUCAUGAAGAAUGGUCACAUAGCUACUGUAACCCUCUUCCAGUCGUGAUGAAAUAUUUCAUGGUUGAUCUGGUUGGACAUUGGUGUUCUGGCAGGGUGCAGUGGUGUUGUACAGUGGACUGGUGAUAAAGCAGCCAGAACUGCUUGCAAUAAUAAUCAUGAUGGAGGCAGUGAUAAUUGUACAGUUUGUCACAAUUUGUACAAAUGGUCUGUAAAUAUUAUGACAUGUAACUUACGACACCCCGUGUAACGAGGAGCGUUUGUGGACUGCAAUGGCCUCGGCCUCUCAAAUGGGAUGUUGUAUUAGUUCCAGUCUUUUAAUUUAACUUGGCAUGCCUCUAAGCUUGCAUAGGUUCAUUUUCCUUGAUAGCAUUCAGGCAUGCGCAUAUUUCCGAUGGUGGAUUUUUCUUGUUAUACUCUGCAUGCCCCUCUUGAAAUAUGUAAAAUAGGCUUCAUGGUUCCUCGAAUUUUUUAGUUUUCAUGACUUCCCGGUAGAGUAAAAUCUAAUUCCAAAGUAAUUCUGGUUGCUUGAAUGUUUGGAGGUGGUUUUGGUGUUUUUAUUGUCAUAUGAAUAUUGGGUUGUUCAUUUGGAAGGCCGUGUUAUGCAGUAU